AUGCUGUCGAGAAUUCACCGAUGGAACAGAAAUUCUUGCUGCUUGUCUUUUGUGCCCAUGAGGGCCCCAGCGAAGAAGAAGAACGUACAGGAGAAGAAGAAGGACUCAGCCGAAGACAAAGACAAACUAUCCGAAACGAGGUACCUGCCGUACAUCCCGCCCGCCUACGUUGCGGACACGGUCUCCUUUUUCAAGGACAAAAACAAGGUGGACAAUCUGCUGUCUCUAAUUUUUGGCCCCCAAAAUUCGACGGACUCAUAUGAAGACAGAGUCGAGUACCAAAAGAGGUUCGAGUUGUAUCAAUUUUUGAAGCAGACGGAGGAAGCAAAGUACGAAAGGCAUUUACUAAAAAUGAAAGAAAAAAUAUUCAAGGCAAUAGAAAAUUUACCAGAGGAAUUAUACGACGAGAGUAUCCAAAGUGGUGAACUGUUUGAUCAUAAAGAAAUUCAGUUUGGUCUAAAGUACGAAAAUGAUAUAGUGAAAGGUUUGAGCAACUACAGGCAGAAGUUGCUACAUGUGUACAAGAUUCUUCUUUAUUUGCGGUUUCCUUUUUAUUUGAUUAAAAAAAAGAAACCCAUGCUGUUUUAUAUAAGUGAAAGUAAGGCGAUUAGUCGACAGAAGCAAAUUAAUGCGCAAAGGAAAAAGUUAAAAAAGAAGUAG